AUGGACAUUGGAGGUCACGGCAGCGACGACAAGCGCGAUCGAUCCCCCACUUCCAAGACCCAAGACCCGGUGCUGGCUGCCAACGCAACGGCAAGUAGUCCAGCCAUGAAGACUUCUGCCAUCACCGCCGUUAUCGCCUGGGGCGCUGUUGCUCUUGCGGCUCCUGCCCCUGCGCCCGCUCCCGCUGCUCCCGGUGUUCCCACUGAGGCCGCCGCGCGCACCCAGCUUGCCGCUCUCACUGUUGCCGCAUCGGGUAGCGGUACCGGCUAUAGCCGUGACCUCUUCCCCACUGGACCACCGUCUCUGGUACCUGCAACACUAGAGCGCUUAAGCCUGACCGUUUCGCUAAUCAUCGGCGUUUGCAGGGAGUACGUCCUCCAGCGUGAUGGUACUGGCGUCGUGGUGAACUCGGCGUGCACCGCCACCUCUGGCACCUGGAAGUCGCCUUAUGACGGCGCCAGUUGGACUGCUGCUUCGGAUGUUGACAUUGACCACAUGGUUCCCCUUAAGAAUGCGUGGAUCUCUGGCGCCUCUUCUUGGACCACCGCCAAGCGCCAGCUAUUCGCCAACGACAUUGAUCGACCCCAGCUCUUCUACUGCACCUAUGCCAAGAGCUGGAUCCGAGUAAAGAACUACUGGGCCCUUACCAUUACCUCGGCCGAGAAGACCGCGCUCACGUCCAUGCUCGACUACUGCUAA